AUGAUUUAUAGUUUUUGGAAUGUGAAGGGUAUUAGGGGUGUUGGAAAAGUAGGUAUGGUUAAAAAUUUUAAGAGAAAAAAUAAUGUGAAUAUACUAGGCUUGAUAGAGACAAAGAAGAAUGAAGUUACUAAGUUUGACGUAGUGCAAAUUUGGGAAAAUGAUGCGGUGGAUUGGGAAUAUGUGGGUUCCGAAGGGGCUUCUGGAAGUCUAUUGUUAAUGUGGGACAAAAUAAUUUUUAAGUUGAGUAACUGUUAUAAAGGAGAGAGGUGGUUGUGUGUGGAAGGGGUGUUGAAGAGCAAUAAUUUCCAUUGUGCGUUUUGUUUGGUGUAUGGUGCGAAUGUUAGGGAGGAGAAGCUAACUGUGUGGGAGGAGUUGAGUUUUAUUGCUGGAGUAUGCCAGGUCCCAAUUUGUUAUAUGGGUGAUUUUAAUGAGGUUGUGAGAGUAGAAGAAAGAAAAGGAGCUAAUGUUUUAACAGCAUCAGCGGAAGAUUUUAGAGACUGGAUACGGGAUAUGGAGUUAGUGGAUUUAGAACUGAAUGAUCGCAAAUUUACAUCGUUUAGAGGCCAAUCUUGCAGUCGCAUUGAUAGAGUCUUCGUUAGCCUGGAAUGUCUUGAACAGUUUCCUGAUAUGCGGCUUAAAGGUGGGCCAAGAGGUUUAUCUGAUCAUUAUCAUUUGAUAGUGGAGGACAGUAGAUUAAGAGGGGAGCCGAGGCCAUUUCAAAGUCAGGAUUCUUGGUUCUCACAUGACGGGUUUCUCAGAAUGGUGAAGAAGGAAUGGAGGGGUCUAGGAGAGGUUCAAUUUACUGAAAAUUUGAAGGCUUUGACGAUACCUUUGAGUAGAUGGCACAAGGAGAAGUUUGGUGAUAUUAAUUUGAAGGUACAGUAG